CAAGUCUGUUCUCAUGGCUCUUUUGACAAGCAAGUGCUUUGAAGAAAAUGUCCGACUGCACUUUACAAAUGGAAUAUUCGAGUUAGCAACUUUGGCCAGAUGUCUGCUCCACGCACAGAAGGAUCCUAGCCUUUAUGCCGAGCUAAGGGAGCAUAUAACAAGAGCUUCCAAAGAGCUAGCAGAGGCUGAAGCCUUGACUGAAGGAGAGCUGGAGAGAGUAAAUUCAAGGAGCCUGGAAAUAAUGGAAUCAAAGAAGAAGCUGACGGACGAGCAGAAAAGAAGGCGGGAAGACCUUGAGGCAUUCAACAUCCGUUUGCAGGAACUGAUAAAACUGCGAGAGGAAAACAUGAAAAAUUGUUUAGUGGAGAAAGGUAUGAAGAUGUACACGGAGCUGGAGCAGGGACUUGCCGAACUGGAAGGUGAAAUGCUACGGAGUGUGAGAAAUGCUGCCCUCUGGUCAAUGCUGCUCCCCGGUGUAGGAACAGUCGUUGGAGGUAUUGUGGCUAUCAAAGCCCAUGGAAGCAUGAAGAACGCUGAGAAAAAAGCAGCUUCUGCAGAAGACAUGGUAGACCACUUCAGGGGAAACGAGAAAAAAUAUCACCAGGAAGUUGAAAAAUGCACCAAGCUGCUGAAAGAACAGGAGAGCAGCAUUCAAGAGAACCAGAGGAGGAUGGCAAUAAUUGAAGAAGAGAAACGGAAACUGGUCAAGUUUCAGGAGGAGACCUUGGAUUUGCAAGAGGCACUAAGGCGCUGCUCUCAUUUUGUGGGGAUACUGGCUUCAAAAGCAAAUGCAGCUGAAAUCACAAGCCGGUAUAUCUUUGUAUACGAAACCCUGCAGUAUCAGUUGGAGGAUAUGGGGAAGCACAUGCUUCCCUUACUUGGCAGGAAAAGCAUUGAGGCAGAGGGCCUGGCCAUUCUCUCCAGCCCUCAGAUGAAAAGAACCGUCCAAAAGCUGAAGCGUUUCUCUGAGCGCCAAAAUAUUUUUCAAUGCAUUUACUAUGACUUAGAAGAAUAUCUGCUUGACAGUGAGGAAUUCUCACCAUGGUUGAUUCUUUAUGCCCUCAUACUUUUCUUUCUCUUGGCAGUUUUCUUUUCUGUCAUUAGGUUCCCCUGGUUUUAUAUGAUCAUCCUCUUCUGUCUCUUUGUUUUCAUGGAAAACCUAAAUGGAAAAGACAGAGACUUUACCUAG